AUGUCCACGCGAUCUCCGCGUCACUUGUUGCAUGGCAACAAAAGUGACGAUUUUUACGCCUGGAUGGCAUCGAGCAGUCGCGCGGUGUCGUCGCCUGCAUUCACCAAUCUUGGUGAUAAUCAGGCUGAAGCGAAAGAGCAUAUGCUGAGCUUAUAUUUUAGCCCAGAGUUUUAUAGCUUAGUGCAACGAGAUACGCUGCCAGGCAUGCGGGGCAACCACAUGUGGUGCAUGCGGGUGAAUGGCGGCACCUUAGUAGGGAUACGUCACAUUCAGCAGUGGCGGCUUUCACAGCACGUGCGAAAGGAUCCAGAGAUUACUUUCCAUGCGCUCGACGAGCUAUUGACGUACAUGGCCGUUCGAGCAUUGCUGAAAGUAUUUUUAGCCGAGUCACGCGAUGCGCAGACUGCGGCGGCUACAGUGGAGUUUUCUGCGGACAAUUUUGUGGCAUCUUUCAGGGAUACGAUGGUAGCCCAGAAUGAGAGCUUCUUAGGGGAGCCAGCUCGAGAUCGCACGGCUGUGCUUUUGGCAGGGCAACGAGAUGGAGACCUGCAUACGCCCAAUGAUGGUGGACGGCCGGGGCAUCAGAUGCGGCGCUCGGAUCCUGCGGCAACUCAACCAGACUCUGGGAUGCCAGGAACCGCAACAGGGGGUGGGGAUGCCCCGCAAACUGUCGCUGAGAAGGCGCAUUUGGCGAAAUUUCAGCAGGACGAGGCAGUGCGGCAACAGGGCUCCACGACAGAGAGUUCAUCUACAUCCUCAUCGAGAUCACUAGAUGAGAUCCCUUUGGUCUAUCGGGCAUCACGAGCCGUUGAUUUAGCGGUGCUUUGCCUGUCAACAGGCAUGCAUGAGAAGGUGUCUCGUUUCUGUAUGGUGCUGAGGAAUGGUUCCAACAAAGCUUAUGCUGCCCUCGCUAUGGUGGACGACAACAUAAGUAAGUUAUUGUUAGCGCAGGCUAUUGCUGAGCCUGCGCUAUUAGAGAAAGUUGUGAUCGAGAACACGCAGCAUGUUCUCUCUGUGUCGGGUUUUGCCGAGCAAGGCCCGCCACGCUUGCUCAGUUGGCUCCAGCAGUCAUGGGCGCUUUAUUGUGCAACUUUGUUCGAUUUCUUCAAGAUUGAGGACGGGAUUGGUACUAAGCCGAAGCACCCGCAGAAUGGCAACAACCAGCAGGCGGGUAAUGGUGGCAACCAAGGAGGCCGUAAUGGCAAUGGGGGCGGUGGGCAACAGCAGCCUACAGCCGCCCAGAAGCAAAUGCGGCAAUCGCAGCUGAAUUAUUUUAUUCGCAAAGCUCGCCAGGAUCGUAAGAAACAGGUGAAGGAAGAGCGCGACGAAAACCGGCGUUCAACGUCCCGCUCCAGAUCCCCUCGGGAACGUACACCUGAGAAUUGUCACACCAAGGAUAAGGAUGGGCGUUAUUCAAAGCCCUGGAAACGAAGGGGUCGUCAUUCAGAAUCGGAAGAUGCUGCCGCGGGCGUUCCCACUCACGCUCUAGUAAGGACAGGCGUGGGAAAAAGCAUUCGCGUUCGCACAGUCGUGAUCGUGGGCGUGACCAGCAGAGAGGAAGUCGUGGGGGUAAGCGUGCAUAUUCCGAGUCUUCAGAGUCGGAAGGGGAGAUGUAUUGUACGGUCUGCGAUAAUACUACCCACACGGCAGCAGAAUGCCCUAGGUAUGGAGGGUCGGCAGGGGCGGCUUCAACAAAAAUUCCGCGUCGCAAGUGAAAUGGGGCGGUGGUUCCUGCCAUGGUUGGUGCUGUGA